AUGCUAAUCUCCAGCGGCGGGCGGAGCCAUGGCGCUGCUCGGCGACGAAACCGAAGCAAAACUAUCUCCAUCAUCCAAUUCAGCUGGCGAAAAUUAAUGACCAUGAGUUCGUUUUUGAUGAACUCGCCGUCCUACGUGGACCCCAAGUUCCCGCCGCCCGAGGAGUACUCGCAGGGAAACUACAUCCCGAGCCACGGUGGCGGUGACUAUUACGCGGGCGCCCCGCCGCACCACCACCACCACGCGGCCGCGCACCCGUACGCGGCGUUCGGGGGCGCCGCGCCGUACGGGGCCGAGAACGGCGGCUACGUGUCCAGCGCGUCGCCGCACUACUACCAGCACUCAUGUUCCAUGACACAGACCACGCUGAGCCCGCUGUCGCGGCCCAGCGUAGCGCUCGACCAUGCCGGCGGAGGUCACAGUCCGCCGUACUCGGGACCUCCCGCGCCUCUGCAGCGGUCUCCGUCGCCCCCGCCGCCGGCGUCCAUGCUCAGGCCUUCGCCGCAGUCGCCGCACGUCGGGGCCGCGCCCCCGAUGCACAGCCCCGGGGCCACCGCCACGGCGCCCACUUCGGUAGCCGGCGGCGACUGCAAUCAGGCCGGGCAGCCUGUCAUCUAUCCCUGGAUGAAAAAGGCGCACGUCAACGCAGGUGAGUAGUCAGUCAAUCCGGGCAUGGAGCCCAAGCGGCAACGCACGGCCUACACCCGGCACCAGAUCCUCGAGCUCGAGAAGGAAUUCCACUUCAACCGCUACCUGACGCGGCGGCGACGCAUCGAGAUCGCCCACUCGCUCUGCCUGUCCGAGCGCCAGAUCAAGAUCUGGUUCCAGAACAGGCGCAUGAAGUGGAAGAAGGACAACAAACUGCCCAACACGAAGAACGUCAAGAAGAACAACCCGAACCGGGCAGCCCAGCAACAACAGCAGCAGCAGCCUUCGCAACAGCCACACCAGCAGAACACGUCCUCGCAGGAGCCGCACCCGCCGCCGCACCAGCAGCCGUCGCCGACGCUGCAGAUGCCCAAUCCUCUGGCGUUGGCGCCGCACCAGCACGCGCACCUGCUGAACAGUCACCAGCUGGGCCACCCGGCGCAGACGCACAUCAUGUCGCCGCUUCCGCCGCCUCCCACCGUGGACACGAAGGGGGACUACGGACUGACAGAACUGUGAACCGCGUGUUCGCUUAGUGCCGCGUGACGUGCUUGUGAGAGUGCCACUCGUCCUGCCCCUCUGCUCUUUCGUCUCCGCCAUUCGCGGAGGGACUCCUACAGCAGGGGUGGAAGUGCAGUGACUUAAGUGCGCGCUAAAGCCGAACACUUGACUCUUAGUCGCGAGCCGAGACUGCUGCACCGAAGCAAUCGACAAGACACAAAACAAGUUCCUCUCUCAGGAGAACCCGGACGCUCGUACUUCUAUCUCAGUGUGUGUGCGUGUGUGGUGGUGGCACCGUAGGCGCAUACGCUGUUGCUUGCUCUCUUCGCGAACGCGGCUGCUUGGUCACAUGAAGUGCCCUACAGUGCCAGCAAAGAGAAGAACGGCUCGGCGGCGACUGGGCUACGGUGCCUCCCUUCCCCGGGUUCGUCGUGUGUGCGUGUGCGCGUGGACCACGUCUUUUCGACGAAGUUAGUGCAGGUGUGUCAUGCCGUUUCCUUGUAAAUACAACCCAGGUUUCACGA